AUGGGUGGUUCGCCAGCUAGGAGCAAACGCAAACGAGGUGUCAAGACUGAGACUGAAACUUCAGCUAUUGGCGACCUUCUUGCUUCGUCCUCUGUGAAAGAAGAGGAGGAUGUUGACGAUAAAAGCGGCUUGAUUUCCGAGCCUGCUUCGCCGAGCAAGAAGCAGACCACGUCUGAAAGGAAGUUGGCUUCCUACAAGACGUCGAUUCUCGCGUCGCCGUUCCCGGAUCACCCGUUACCUACGGCGGAAGAAGCCGAGCGAGUGGCAUGGAUCUUGGGCGAGUUCCACGGCUACAAGCGCGAGUCCGAAGGUGGUCGGGGUCUGCCCAAGUACACCACACCCAAAGGGGAAGAUCGAUGGGGAGGAUGUGGUGAUGUUCCCUCGGUACUCGAUGCGGUCAUCCGCACGGUGCUCAGCUGCAACACUUCCAACCGAAACUCCGCUGCAGCCCAUCGCUCCCUCACCGAACACUUUGGCAACCAAAACUGGCAAGCGAUCCACGAUGCACCCGAAUCCGAACUCGUCGAAUCCAUCCGCUGCGGAGGUCUCGCCAACAACAAAGCCCGCACCAUCAAAGGCAUCCUCCGUCAAACCCACGAACGACACGGAACCCUCUCCCUCGACCACCUCCACGACGCCACCGACGACGACAUCAUGCAGGAGCUCGUAAGCUUCAACGGUGUCGGUCCCAAGGUCGCCAGCUGCGUGCUGGCGUUCUGCAUCGGCAGGGAGAGCAUGGCGGUGGACACGCACGUAUUCCGGUUGUGCAAGGCGUUGGGUUGGGUUCCGGAGAAGGCGAACAGGGAUCAGACGUACUAUCACUUGCACGAGCGGGUUCCGGGUCCGUUGAAGUACGCGUUGCAUGUACUGUUGAUCAAGCAUGGGAAGAUGUGUAGGAACUGCUCGGCGAAGGGGUUUGCGACGGUGAAGGAGGAGAGUGAUGGGGAAGGGGAGGGGUAUGUGGAGAGAGAGUGUCCGUUGAAGAAGAACGGGUUGUUGGGGAGGAAGGGUAAGGCAUUGAGAGACGCAGCUGCCGGUGGAGGUGGGGUGAAGAGUGAAAAGGUAGAGACGACAGUCGAGUCGGAAUCACCUUCGAGGAAGAAGGUCAAGAUCGAACCUUCUUCCUCCUCCGACAUCGACUACGCAGCAGCACUCGAACGUGCACGCACAGCAACCGAACAAGACCUCCUCCGUCUCCUCCAGAAAUCCCGAUCCACGCGUUCCUCCAACCCCAUCUCUUCCACGCUCAAAUCGAAAGACUUUUCUCUCGAGAUCCUCGCCUCCUCCUCCCUCUCCUCGGAGCAACGCAAGCGCGUCUUCUCGCUCUUCGAGAGCAACAUGAAGUCCAUGUAUCGAAACUCCACCUUGGGAUGGAAACCCUCGGCCAAAAAGAAGGAGCUGUUCGACGACCAAUCGCGCUUUGUGAUCAUCCGCCCGCCUGCCAAGGAAGGCGCCGAGAUCGCUGCCUUCGGCAUGAUCAGGUUCGACACCGAGCCGUGUUCCCCCAAAGACCCGGUGGCGAGGGAUGGGGAGGAGGAGGUGGAAGUCGCGUACCUGUACGAGAUCCAGGUUCGACAGCAGAAUCAGAGGGACGGACUGGGCAAGGAGAUCAUGGAGGUAGUGUAUCAGCUGGCCAAGGCGGUGGGCAUGAGGAAGGUCAUGUUGACCGUGUUCGAUGAGAACAAGGCGGCGAGGAAGUUUUAUGAGAAGAUGGGUUUUGGGAAGGAUGAGAAUAGCCCCAGCAAGGAAGGGGGUAAGGUGGAUUUCGAGACCAUGUGCAAGGUGGUCCAAGUGUAA